AUGGUCCGAGGCUAUUCAGUGAUUGCCUGCCACCUGCCGCCUGCGGAAGAGCAGGACCUUCGGCAGAAAGUGCUCAAGGAACGAGAGGCAGCUGCACCACCUGAGGAGGAUCGAGACAUUCUGCUAAAUAUCCCUGAGGAGCUGAACAUGAGUGAAGCAGCUGGGCCUGUGGAGACGACGGCAGUGGACGAGUUGGAGGUUGGACCUUGCAAAGAGAGUCUACGUGAUCAGCUGGCGGAGGGCCAGGGAAUCACCGUCUUCUACCAGUCCUGCUGGGGCCGCACCUAUGCGCACUGCUGCUCGCAUCAGGAGAAGGGAUGGACACCUUUGCCGGGAGUACCCUUAGAGUGCAGCCCUUGCCAUGCAUUUUUAGACAGCGAGAAUUGGUUGGUGCUAUGCCUCCCAUAUGCACGGAGCUUGGAGUUCGUCAUGAACGACGGAGAACGCGGCUGGGACAAGGCUCCCGGAGGUAAGAAUUACAAGGUGAUGACGCCAGGAGUCUUCUUGCUAACACAUGGACAUCUUGAUCCUGUAGCACUUCCACCACAAGAACCCACCGGCUUGGCUGCAGAGGCGAUGGAUGGAAGUCGAGUUCGACUUCUUUGGGAGCCUCCAGCACUGGGGGACGGCGAGGCUCCCGUGAAAAGCUACCGGGUCUACCGCAACGGCCGUGUGAUUGGGACCACAGAAACGGCGAAAUGUCAAUACGAGGAUAUCAAUUUGUUUGCCUUCACGGACUAUGAAUAUUCCGUCUCAGCCCUGAAUCGACAAGAAGUGGCGGGACCACUGAGCGACGCCGUGAAUGUGAAGACGAAGCUCCCGGGUUUGCCCUCCGCACCACGGAACUUGCGGGCCAACACUCGGAAAGAGGAUGGAAGGCUUGUGGUGCAGCUGGAAUGGGAGCCACCGGCCGACUGUGGAGGUGCACCUGUGGCCUCCUACGAGAUCAUCCGUGACGGCACGGUCAUCGAUAUUUUUGAUGCAGCUCGGCUUUGCUCGUUUCCUUAA